AUGUCUUUCACUUCUAUCCUCCUCACUAUCCUUUCUGCUUCCAUCCUUUUCAAUGUCCCACGCCUCAACUGCAACACCAUCACCCGCACCCAAUGCAACACUGUCGCCUGGAGAACAAUCAUCGCUGAGGAUUGCCCAUCCGCCUGUGGAUUCUGCGGACAAGGAGGAUGCGUCGACGCCGUCACCAACUGCGGGAAUGAUAUCUCCGUGUGUAACACCGUUGGUAUGCAAGACUUCGUGAACCAAUACUGCCAGAAGACCUGUCAAAGAUGCCCAUCCACCACUGCUGCUUCUGGAACCGUAACCUCUACUGGAGCGUCCACUGGAACCUGCACAUCUUACAUCGCUGACACCACCACUCAGUGCACCGCUUGGGCCGCCAACGGAUUCUGCACCAACACCUUCUACACCGCCGCUCAACGUAGAGCCAGAUGUGCCACCACUUGCAGAAUCUGCUAA